AUGGUCGGACCCCCAACGAAGCGCCAGAAGCGUGGCGAAGUGCCAGAGGGAAAACUGCCACAAAAGAAAUUCUUCCGCCAAAGAGCCCACGCAAACCCCUUCUCCGACCACAACCUGACUUAUCCUGAAUCACCCGCCGCUUUCGACUGGGCAGAGUUAUACCCGGCAUACGCAGUUCAAGAUGACAAGGAGAUGCAAGAUGCGUCGUCUGCACAGGAAAAGAGCGUGGGAAAGAUAUCAAAACAGGUCGAGGUAGCAGAUAUUGGAUGUGGCUUUGGAGGCUUGUUGUUCGCAUUGGCUCCCAAAAUGCCAGACACACUACUACUGGGCAUGGAGAUCCGCUCUGCAGUUACAGAAUACGUCCAGACAAAGGCCAAGGCACUACGAUCGCAGCAUACCGAGACUCAGGCCUUCCAAAAUGUCGCCUGCUUGCGCGCCAACACGAUGAAGUUCCUGCCCAAUUUCUUCACCAAAGGACAACUCAACAAGAUCUUCCUGUGCUUUCCCGAUCCGCAUUUCAAGGCUCGCAAACACAAGGCUAGAAUCGUAAGCACAACGCUAAACUCAGAGUAUGCAUACGUCCUAAGACCAGGCGGCAUCGUCUACACCAUUACCGAUGUCGAGGACUUGCACAACUGGAUGGUCGAGCAUCUAGACGCCCAUCCAUCCUUCGAGCGUGUCUCUGAGGCUGAGCAAGAAGCCGACGAAUGUGUGGCUGUCAUGCGUCAAGAGACUGAAGAAGGCAAGAAGGUGACGAGGAAUAACGGCAACAAAUAUGUUGCGCUUUUCAAGCGUCUCGAAGAUCCCGCAUGGCCUUGA